CCCUUCACAGAGGCUGCAGGGUCUCUCUUCUACCCCUGCCCUGAGGAGGGGGGGAACGCUGGCCUUCUCUCGUUCACUAAGUGGAGACAGCACCGGAGAGGGAGGGUCAGGACAGAAUCCCCCACAGAAGAAAAAGGUGUCUUUACUGGAGUACAGGAAACGUCAGCGAGAGGCGCAGCGCAGCGGCUCCAAAAUGGAAUGCGGCUCGCCUGUCUCUACAACACCUACCCUGGUGGAGAUGUUCCCUCUGCCCAUGGAGACUACUCAAGAGCCUCCACCCCUGGCUCCUGCUCCGGACCAAGCUCCAGUGGCCCCCACCCCGCCUGAGUCAAAUGACCCCCAGCCCAGCGAGGACACAGAGCCCCCUGUCGAGGGGGAGAGAGAGGGGGGAGAGGGACAGUGGACCUCGUCCACCUCGGUGGAGCAGGCAAGAGAGCGUGGCUACCACAGAGCCCUGUCGCUUAGUGACCACAGCAAGGACAAAGAUGGAGAGACCGAGGGCAGUGAGGCCCCAGUCAGCAGAGAUUGUUCAUCUCCUAGCCUGCAGAGGACCCCAACCCACACGCCGUGUUCUCCUGGUCCCAGCAGCCCGUCCCAGCCUGGCAGUCGCAUAGUGAAGGAGGAGGAGAGUGACAGCCGGCCUCGGACCCCCUCCCAGGCCGCCCCACAGCAGCCCAGCAAGCCUGCCGUACCCAAGACAGCCCCCCUGACCCCCACCAAGCUACACCCUGCUGCCCCCUACCCUGCCCCCUCACUCCUCCAUUCCCCCAAACCCCAGGCCCAGGGCUCCCCUUACCGCAGCCAGAGGGCCUUCCUCUUUGCUCCUCCUCAGUCCCAGCCACAGGCUCAACCAGGGCUGCCCCCCUUCUCCCAGUACAGCCCACAGUCCGCUCCACCUCCCCCUCCUCCACCAGCACCUCCAGCCUCAGCGGCCUACUUCUCCAGCCAGUCAGCCCCCGCCGUGGGAUCCUUCCCUGGGUUCAAGCCUGCAGUGACGUCCCCAUUCCCCCUGGAGCCCAGCCCCUCCUGCAGACUCUUCCUCCCCACGCCCUGCACUACCAGAGCUCUACCACUCCCCCCUCCUCCCCCUCCCCCACCACAACACCCUGGGCCCAGCCCGGCCCUGCUACACGUUAACCUGCAGCCUCCUCCUGUCCAACAGCACCAGCUCCUCCUGACCACAUCCCCCAGUCCUCCCUCCCUCCUCCUCCGCCCCCUCCCCCACAGGGCCAGACCCACCAGCUGCAGCAGCCCAGUGCCAGCACCCUCCUGUCACUCAACCAGGGCUUGCCUCUUCCUCCACCCCCACCCCCCUCCUGCCUCCUCCACCGGUGUCCCCAUGCAAGUGCAGGCCCCUCACCACUUUCAGAACUUGGGGGCUUUCCAACCCCGCUGAUGCACACCGGCGGCACAGCUAACCCCUCGGUGCCCCCUCCACCUACCCCCGCCCCACCAGCAGACUGGACUGCCCCCCUCCUCCCCUCCCCAGCAGCAGACUCAGCCGGCCCAGGCCGUGCCCACCGCCACUCAGAUGCCCAGUGGAACUGGUGGGGCCCCUGCGUCCCCCGCCCCCUUUCACAACGCUGGGUACCUGGGCACGGGGUGGCACUGACCGCCUCCAUGCAGGCCUCCCCCUUGGCCCUGCCAGCCCCUGUGAACUCACUCUGAGAGGAGCUUGAUGACAGACAGCGGAACACAACAAGCAACAAAAGCUGUAAAUAUUUUCUAUGUACCUGAACACAUGGCCAAUGGAAAAACAGGAGAACGUGGGAUAAAGGGGUGCUUUUUAAAGGACAAACUGAAAACAAGGACCGUGAAACAAUCUUAUUAAGAGACUUUGUGUUUGAAAAUGGAUGAUUCCCCCGGUGCUCAUCCCACUCUCUCUCCGACGUCCCUCCCUCUGUUUUCUUUUGAAUUUCCCUCCUGUGGCGGAGAGAGUGCCUGACCGUCUGACCGUCUGUCUGUUUUGGACUUCUAUUGUAAGGUCCCGCACUUUCUGUAUCAAUGUACAUUCCAGCCUCCACCCCCCUUCGUCAGUUAGUCCGCCUUUCACUUCUACUUCUCUUUGUCUAUUGUCUGCUCUUCUACACCGUUUAUUCGUUUUAUCUAGUGGCUCAUUAUAGCAAACAGAAAGCUUUUUGUAUAGAGAAAAAAUAGUUAUUAUUAUUUUUAUUCCUCUGUGUAACAAAUAUCUGUGCACCGCUGCAGUGAUUCAGAAUGCUGUUCUGGGAGCCCGCUUCACUGCCCCAGGAGACUGCACUCGUGUGUGUGUGUGUGUGUGUGUGUGUGUGUGUGUGUGUGUGUGUGUGUGUGUGUGUGUGUGUGUGUGUGUGUGUGUGUGUGUGUGUGUGUGUGUGUGUGUGUGUGUGUGUGUGUGUGUGUGUGUGUGUGUCCUGUGUCCUGUGUCCUGUGUCCUGUGUCCUGUGUGUCAGUGGGAGAAAGGGAAGUGAUAGACAGUAAGAGUGAUGGUGUGAAACGAGUGCAGUAGUCCUCUGUGGUAGCCAGAGUGAGGUCUCACCCGUAGGUAGGACGUUAGCGGUUUAUUUUUGAAUAUCAAUGGUUAUUUGUAGAAAUUGUAAUUUAAUGUAUAGGUGGUUACUCCAGCUUUCCUCCGGAAACAGGUUGUAUAUAUUUGCUUCUUUUCUUUCCUAUGCUUGUACAAUUGGCUCCCAUCCCAUUUUGGAAUCUGGUUGUAAAUACGAGCGCUCUUCUUGGCAAAGAUGAAUGUUUCUGUGACAAUAGCACUUUUUAUUUAGUUUUUCCUCUCUGGACUAUUCAGUGUAGUCUUUUAUUAUUUGUGUGUGCGUGUGAGUAUGUUUGUGCAGAGGAGAGAGACUCAAACACUGCACUGGUUGGCUAUUUUCAUGGUUCAUUAUAAUAAAUCACUGUAAUGACAGUUUUAUACCA